AUGUCCGGCCAGCAUCCUCGUCGUCGAAUCGGUGGCGGCCACCUGCUUGAUAUGCGCCAGCGUGUGCGGGACUGGGCUCCGCCGGACUGGCAUUGGGAGGAGUUACCUUCCGAGGCGCGCAGCUUGGUGAGGAACCAAGCUCCCGUCGUCGACACGGAGCUUCUUUGGUGGUGGUCGCGGGGGCCACAGAGGGUGCAGAGUUUCUCACGCACACACACACACACACACGCUUCGCUUUCUCCGCCGCCUGCCCUCCCCGCAGAUUCCUCUUAUUUGUGUGUUGCUCGCACGCCGCCGCACACCGCCUCCUCUCCAGCCAGGACGUCGUUCGACGCCUCCGCGCCUACCCCUCACCCCUACGGCCUCGGCUCGUCGCCUCCUAUUCCUAUUAUUGCGUCGCCCCGCCACAUCCUCUCCCCACCACGGGUUCGCCUCACCGCCAACGCUUCAUCCAUCGUGUAUCAGCGCAGAUCUCGGUGCGAGCUGGUGUACACGAUGAGGGAGUGGCAUCUCAGAGCGGACCAGAUCCACUGUGUGUAUGCGAGCACCCCAGUCCUAGGCAGCGCUAGAUGGAGCGGAUUCACGCCCUCGUCAAGGGACAUGGAGCUCGGGACGCCGCGCUCCCUUCUGCUUCUUCUUCUCGGAACGCCGUGCCACCAUGGAAGGGACUACCAUCAGGCUACCUGCUACGUGUUAGUGACGGCCAAGCCAACCAAGGGGGAGUUCAGUGAAGAGGUGAAGGAGAAGUUGGAAUUGGAACAGUACGCAUAACUAAAACUUGUUUGAUGCAUGUUGGAAGAGGUAUUCUCAACCACUAUGGUUA